UCACCAAAGUAGGAAGCGAUUUGUAAAUACGCGCGACUCUGUCAAAGGGCUCGCCAGAGUGCGCAGCGAACACAGAGUCGGGGCUUUUGAGACUUUAACAGUGAGCGUUAGGAGCUUUAUCCAGGUUGACAGAAACUCCUGAGCGAUGGUCGAGGUGUUUUCGGGCCGGACUCUGGUGAAUAAAGAAGGGGAUCUGGUGGACCCGGAGGAAGCGCUCAGGAAUAAAGUGGUCGGUCUGUAUUUCUCGGCCGGAUGGUGUCCUCCGUGUCGAGACUUCACCCCGCUGCUGUGCGAUUUCUACACCGAGCUGGUGGAGGAGAGCGAGCCUCCUGCCCAGUUUGAGAUCGUCUUCAUAUCCUCGGAUAAAUCCACAGAAGACAUGGUGGAGUACUAUCACGACAUGCACGGGGACUGGCUGGCUCUGCCCUGGACGGAUCCGUUUAAACACGAACUGAAGAAGAGAUACAGCAUCACAGCCGUGCCGAAGCUGGUCAUCGUGAAGGAGAAUGGUCAGGUGAUCACAGACAAAGGCCGAAAGCAGAUCCGGGACCAGGGCUUGGCGUGUUUCCGGAGCUGGCUGGAGGUGGCCGAGAUCUUCCAAAACUUUAAAGGCUGAGAAUCGCGCCGCGCUUCCAACGAAUUCACAAGAGCUGCUGAAAAAGAGCCAGAACAUUCUUAUGCAACUGUGUGCUUCAAACGCGUCCUUUCAGGUCAACAACCCGCACGACUAGUCAAAAGUUACUGGUUAUUUUUAUUAUUUUUAAAUAACUUUUGACUGGUGGUGUCUUUAACCCAAACCUCAGGUCGUCCAUGAUGCAGAUCGGUUUGUUUCUUCGUCAGAUUUGGAGAAGUGCAGCAUUGCAUCGCUUGCUCAGCAAAGUGAAUGGGUGCCGUCAGAAUGAGAGUCCGAACAGCUGAUAAAAACAUCACAGUGAGUCCAUCAGUUAACGUCCGGAGAAGACGAAAGCUGCCCGUUCGUAAGCAAAUACAUCAUUAAGACGUUUUUUUAAACUUCCAGCUAAAACAGGAGUCCUUAUAUAUAUAUAUAUAUAUAUAUAUAUAUAUAUAUAUAUAUAUAUAUAUAUAUAUAUACUUCCACUUUUUCACUGUUAAAAAAAGUUUCACUGUUAUUAUGGAUUAUUGAGUACGAGUAUGGUAUUUUAGCUAAGUUUUUGUCUUCACAAGACAUUAACUGACGGACCGGAGCGCUGUGGAUCACCGUGAUGUUUUUAUCAGCUCUCAUUCCGACGGCACCCAUUCACUUUGCAGAGCAAGCGAUGCAACGCAACGCUCCUCCAAAUCUGACGAAUGAACUCCUCUCGGGAUGUUAUCACCGGCUCAUUUUAGAUGAACGCUUUUGCUACUUAUUUUUUUGUACCGCUGCUUUUAUAAGAAUCUGCUUAUUUCUAUAACCGUGCUCUCGUUGAUGUACAUGACUCUAUGCAUAUUCUCUCGUGUUACUUGAAGAACGGCAGAUGUUUACUGGUUCUGUUGUUAUGGUACGUCUAAAUGCUUCCUAUUCCUCUGUGUCUCAUUAAAAGCUCACAGAUCGUC